AGUUCAUGAUCGAGUACCGCACUUCAUUCACGGGCAUUUGCUUGACAGGUGGAGAAAUUAGGCAGAAAUUUAGCUUUAGGCAGCCCUUUGUGUAUUGUGCUGAAAAUCUGGACAUGGAUGAUAGAGUCACGCGAAGUAUCUUGCAGCCAUCGUGACAGCUCUCGCUCCGUUUUACGGCAGUAUGACCUAUAACUGAAGAGGAAGCCAAUAUCUCAGGAGAUGUAGCCAUGAAAAAAUGGAUAAACUUGAGGGACAGAUACAGCAAGUUGAAAAAGGACCACGACGGCAAACUCCGGAGUGGAGCAGCGGCAGUGCCCCCGGUAUCAUGGAUACAUUUCAAGAUACUGGAGUCUGUAUUAUGUGAAAAGAAGUCUGACGCCAGGCCAGUCUCUAAUCUCGUGAUCGCGGAUGAAGAACCAUCCCUGGCCCUACUUCAACAGAGCAUCAUGCUGUCUUCCGGGAGCGGCGACAGUGCUCAGGGAUGCUCCCAGAUGCUGUCAGAUACAGAUGUAGACCUUAGCCCAAACACGGCCGCACAAGCUGACGACAGCUGCCUUACAGAUGCAGCAGCGAGCAUACCCAGGGCACGAGAUACACCUGAUUCACUCUAUUUACAGAGGCCCGCUCGCAGGUCUUCCACGGGGACGAAGAGGCGUGCUCAGGAUAAUGAUGAUGGACUGUCGCAGCUCCGGUCUGCAUACAUGGACACGAUGGAAAGGCUGGCGAAGCAGCCGAAGUUGGACCGCAUCGACAUGUUUUUCAAUUAUGUUGCAGCCUCAGUAAGGGAGAUCCCCAGCGACCCUCGGAACAGGUUCAUACACCACUGCCAGUCACUCCUUUACCAAUUUCAAGGACAGCUAGAUGCAGACAGAUAACAUGUAAUAAGUGAAAUAAAUGUGCCAUACGGUUAA